AUGUCAACUUCAUCCGGGUGCAUGAACCCCACCUGCCUUGUCUGUCUCCCGCUAUUCCUUGUCCCCCCGUCUCCCAUCUCCCAUGUCGUCGCCAUCAUCCAACGUCAAUUCUGCACCAACGCCGCCAACUUCUUUUCCGUACAAGACUUCAACAACGCCAACACAAAUCGCCCUAUCCUUAUCACCAAAUACAAACUAUCCGGCAUUCUUAACGGCAUCUCCAGAUACGAUUUCUAUCCGGUGUGCGUAUGGACCUACCAGAUUGCCUCGGAAGUGCAGGGCGAAGGCCGACUCGGCGAGCCCACGCCCGCUCUCUGCCACACCGGAGCUGGAGUCAACAAGGUCAUCAGCGAGGACAAGAACGCAGAGGCUGAGGUCAAGACCAUCAUCAAGACUGUCGAAGCAGAGUCCGCGGUCGAAUUCGACAUGAGAGAGGAGGAGCCCACGGGAAGCGGUGGACAGGAGGUAGACACUAACAGCCACUGCAGGUUCUGGGUGCAUACUUCUAGAUAG